AUGGCAGCUAAACCAAAAGCAUUCGCUGAGCCCUCCUCACCCCUCUGCGGGUUUCGAAACAUGGAUCUCGCUCUUCGAAUUUUGUCGGUCGCAAUCUGUAUUGCAAUUCUAAUUAUCGGAGGAGUUGCCACCUCUAAAUCUGGUGUUAUUCUGAUAGGCAUCCUCGGCCCGCCGGUGAGUUUCCAUUGUAGCAAUGCCGCGGUCACGAUUCUCUGGUCUUUGGUUCAGUUCGGAUUCUCGCUCAGCAAAUACGAAUACCUGAACUUCCGAUCACAUUUCCGCAUGGCGAUUGGUGUCAUUAUUACCAUUGGCUGGGUUAUAGCUGUCAUUUGCCUCGGCUUGUUUAGAAGUUGGUGGGCGGAUGGCGACUCAAGCUUCAGUUACACAUCAGAUCCAGACGCUGAGAGCUCUACGAGUAAACUGGUCGUACGGCUUACCGGCGCCGGAUUGGGUCUGGGAUGUGCGGCAGCGUAA